UACUGUUAUUCGCCAUCUAGGGUUAUCAGUGAAGAGAUUUCAUUAGUUGGUUGCUUACUGUAUUGUAUCGACAACCACUCUAAAGAUUUGUUCAUUCUGACUGAUUGGACAAAGAAUCUACCAAAUUGGAUCUCAGGGUCGAAAUGAGUGAAAGGUUGCCUGAUGUGUUUGCGCAAGUGUUGGUGAAGUACUCUGAAGUUUCAGACUACAGUGGGUCUUAUGCCGAGCCAAAAUUCAAGGAUCUGCUCAGUGCUGCUUGUCAACUCUGUGAAAAAGCAAUGGAGAUGGUAAAUGAACUUCGUUUGUUCGGCAAGAAUGAAAGCCUAGACGAUUUAAGCUCGACCGAAAUAAGAUACUUAUGUCUUCCAGCAUUUCUUGGGUAUUUCAACUCUCAGAAAAAUGAAGACCGAUUAUCUGUUAUUCGCUUGGCUUUGUCCCUGUACAAGGACUUUUUCAAACUCUGCACAGAUUAUGGUAUACCACUUCCAGAAGGAGUAUCUUCAGAAAAAAACAAUCAAAGUUCCAAUCAUUUGUCAAUGUCAGAUCUUGCGCACAAUCGUGAAGUCAAAAUCAAACGUUACAAAUCAAAGAAAGCACUAGAAGAACGCUUGGAAAAACUUGCCGCGUAUGUGGAUCAGCCUCAUGUUGAUGAAGAAACCAAGCGUGAGUUUAAUUUAACUCUUGUUCAAAGGUGGCUUUGUGUUGCGCAAGAUGAUAUAAUCAGUCUACAAAAUGAAUUGGAUAUUCUAUCGAAAGGGAAUUCCGCAGACAAAAACGAUAUAGAUGUGGUCAAAUCAGAACCUUUACGACCAUUUAUCUUAACUCGAACAGCUGUACAAGCUGCUGUUUUUGGUGCUGGCUAUCCAAGCCUUCCAACAAUGACUAUUGAGCAGUUUUAUGAUCAACAGGUUGCAGCUGGUUUAUUGCCUCCACCAAAACCGAUUACUGUUCAAACUGGUUCAGGGCCGAAUUUCCGACGAAUCGAUCCAUCCGCAGAGGAACGUGAAGCUGAGGAAAAGAAAAAAGCUAAUCAAGAUGCAUUAGAAGAUGCUGAUGAUCCAGAUAUGUUAGCUAAAGCUCGAUCAUUUGAUAAUUUCAAAGAUGAACAUCGUAGAGGUAGUGGGAAUAGAAUGAAUAGAGCUUAGAACAUCUUUGAACUGAAUAUAUAUAUAUAUAUAUAUAUAU